CAGCUUCUAUAAGAAAGUUUGUGUUAGGGCACAGAAGCUGCAGUGUUGGUGAAAGAAAAAGAAACAAAGACCCCCACUUCGUUCUUUUAGACCCUUCCCUUUCACUUACCAAUUACCACCAUAGAUCUAGAACACCAAACAGAAGAUAUAUAUUCAAACCUAAUUCCUUUCCUUUUGAAAUCUUCAUAAUCCACACAACACCUACAAGAAGUGCAUAUAUAGAGACAUAGUCGUAGAGAAAGAGAGCUCACUGAGACUGUUUCUUGGCAACAUAUAUAAUCCUCUUUUCCGGUGGUCUCUGGGUCUGUGGUAUUUCCUUGAGCUUUUUUUUAAUUCCGGUGGUUAGUUUUUUUGGCUGCACUUUGGUUUACUUCUGGUUUAUUACAGGGGGAUAAGAGACUCAGAGGGAGACAUGACCUAUUCUUCAUCCCAACUAAUGCUAAACCAUGGUUUAUUAGAGGGUCAUCAUCAUAAUCAUCAUCAAGAGAUUAAUAUUCCAUUAAACGAUCAUAUGGGUUUGUUUACACAAAAUAACUCCAAUUUCCCUCUACCCAAUAACUGGACUUUCCCUCCAUACGGUUAUCAUGAUAAUCCAGUCUUUCAUCAUUCAACAACUUCGAAAAUCCGAAGAGAUGCUGUUUCUUCUCAUCAUUUUGGUGGUGGUGAUGACGAUGGAUUUGACAACCAUGAUCAGCAACCUCCUUCAUCAGUACAAAGAUUUUCAUCGUCAACUAAUCUUUGGCCAUGGGGAGAUGUUGAUAAUGAUGUAUGUUUGGGGAGUAUCAAUGUUAAGCAACAGAAAUGCUUUGGAGAGAAUAAUAAUAACCAUCAUGAACUAGGGAUUUCCGCCAUGAAGAUGAUGAAGAAAGUGAAGGGCAGAAGGAAGAUAAGAGAACCUAGAUUUUGUUUCAAGACCAAGAGUGAAGUUGAUGUCUUGGAUGAUGGCUAUAAAUGGAGAAAGUAUGGUCAGAAAGUUGUCAAAGACACACAACAUCCAAGGAGCUAUUACCGUUGCACAGUUGACACUUGCCGGGUGAAAAAGAGGGUGGAACGGUUAGCAGAAGACCCACGAAUGGUUAUUACUACAUAUGAAGGAAGACAUGGACAUACCCCAUCUCAAGAUCAAGAAAACUCUCAAGCUCAACUCCAAACUAACAAUUUCUUCUGGUAGUAUGUAUCUAUACUAAAUAGAUGGCUAGCUGGUACAACUAAUAUGUUAAUAUGUUGAAUUGGCUAUAUCUAGGCCUCUAAGUCUUCGGGUUCUGUCGAUGUCAUUGCUGAUCUAAUCGAUGGUGUAGUAGCAAUAAGAAUAUAUCCAGAAAAAUAAAAUGUUUGUAUGUCCUCGGCUAAGGUGAGUGUAUAUAUGUUUGAGGAUUUUGUGGUAAUUAAUGUUUGAUUUUGAUUUUUGAUUUUGGUUUU